AUGUCUACACCGAAAAACAGACCAUCUCAGUAUAGGCAGCCUUCCCGUAAGGGAAAGAAGGCUUGGAGAAAAAAUAUUGAUCUUGAAGACAUUGAGAAGAAGAUAGAAUUAAACAGAGAAAAGGAAAUUACACAUGGUACUGAUAAUUUGGCAAGUUUGCCCGGUGAUGCAUUAUUUCAAGUUGAUCUGGAUGGGGAUGAAGUUCUGAAAAGUAAACUUAUUAAGAGGAAGCAGAUAAAGAAAAACAUUAAGUCCAAAGAAAUUUUAGAUUCAAUCAAGUCUAAUUCUAAGGUUCCUGCGGUAACCCAUCCUAAAGCUGCUGCUUCUGAGAAGCGGUCUAAGAUCCAGGGGGUAUCUAAACAUGAGCUAAGUAGACUUAUGGCUUUAUCUGGGAGAAAAUUAGGCGAAUCUAAGCUUAAGGCACAAGUUUAUAAAGAAGGACUAGUUAAAGCAGGAAGUACAGAUAUCUGGGGUGAAAGCGACGUAGUGAGAACACCGUCAGGCUUUGAGUUAAACAUUAAGAAGAAGAAAGUUCCUAAUGAGUUGCUCAAAAAGUCAACGACUGGCUGGUCUGUUGCUACUAUUGCUCCGGACACAAUUAAACGUGCCCCAGUUAAAGUGAAGGAAUUUGAUGAAACUCCUCAUGCAGGAAAGUCUUACAAUCCAGACAAAGAACAGUGGAAAAAUCUAAUAAACCAGGAGUAUCAAGAUGAGCAUGUGAAGGAAAAAAGAAGAGUCCAAAUGGAAGAAUACAAGAAAAAGAUCCAUCAUCUUAUGGAAACUUUAGAGGACGACGAAGAGAAGGAUUCUGAAGAUGACGGAUCUUCUAUUUCUGAUGCUGAUGAACAAGGUGAAGAAGAAUCGGACCAAGUUAGACUAUCUGUGAAUCCACCAGCCAAGUACAAGAAAAAGACAAAGUACCAAAGGAACAAAAAGAAGAGACACGAAGAGAAAGUUAAGCUGCAGCAUCAACUAAAAGAACUGAAGACCCAGCUGCAUGAUCUAGAGAAGCUUGAAGCGCUGCAGGAAUCGGUUGCCAGCGAACCUAAAGGGGCUUUAGAUCAUCCUGGUAAAGUAGGCAAAGAAAAGAAGAACAAGAAGCAUAAACUUGGUACCAAGCAUUCUGUUAUUGAUGGUCAACUUGAAGUCAAAUUUUCCGAUGAACUUUCUGAUUCUUUGAGAAAGCUGAAACCUGAAGGUAAUCUUUUAUAUGAAAAUGUGAAGAAAUUGCAGAGUGGUGGUAAGAUUGAAACCAGAGUUCCUAUAAUGAAGGGCAGAAGAUAUAAGCAGAAGAUUACUGAAAAGUGGACUUACAAAGAUUUUAAAUAA